AUGCAGUUAUCAUUUUUCAUCGCCAUGAUGGCUAUUACAUUCUGUGAUGCCGUUCAUGUCUUCAAGUCUGCCUCGGUUUCGACAACGACCUCUUUGCAAGCAGUCGUCACACCUCUACCCUGCAAACGCGUAACACCUGAGCCAUGCGACCUAGAAACCCAGGAGAUGUUCAACAGAUUCGCUUAUGCCUUUAUCUACGAGAAGAACUUAACCAAAUCGUUUGAGUACAUUGCUUUUGACUAUAUUAAUCAUAAUCCUUUCGCCAAAAAUGGAUCUGCUGCCGCGUUGGAUAUACUUGGCCCGGUCUGGGAGAACACCACUAUUCUGCCCUUUCGAACUCGGUUCCAGGAUAACAUGGGCUGGUUGAAUUAUAAUGCUUCCGGUAUCGGUGCGGUAGUUGAUCGAUUCAGAUGGGAGGGUGGCUGCAUAGUUGAACACUGGGACGUAGGAGAGAUAUAUCCUUCCUGUGGCAGCUCAAGUGAUAUCAAUAAGUAA